CUGGAUGUGAGAUCUAUCUAUCUAUAUAUAAAUGCAAAAGAGGUAAAGUAUACCCCUGAGGAGGCAAUUGAAGGGUCUAUUGAUUUCAUGCCGUAUUCCAUGCAGUCGGCAUGGAAACAAGAUUUGCUUACAAAAUUUCUUGAUGCAUUGAAAGAAAGCAGGAAAAUGAAGAACUGAUUCAUUACAGCAUAUUGUCAUUAAUAUAAAGAGGUGCAGUUGGAUCGCUAUCAGCUAAAUAAUUCAUCCAGAAUAAGGACAAUUUAAACCAGCAAUCCAGCCUUUACUUUACUGAGUCAUGGGAUGUGGCACUUCUGGUACAAAAAGCCAAACAAGUAAAUCAAAACAAGCUAUUAAAGCAGCUAUCCUUAUUCAAAGAUGGUAUCGGUCUUACAUGGCCCGGCUAGAAAUGAGGCGUCGAUAUUCCCUGAAUUUCCAAUCAAUUGAAUAUGCAGAUGAACAAGCACAAAUGCAGCUCUCCAAAUUCUUCACGUUUAUGCUGGACCAUUUUACUCAGACCAAUAAGACAGACCCAGAAAUCAGCUCCCAUUUUUUCUCUACUGGUAGUGAUUAUGCCAUAUCAAUCUCAGAUCAUGCCAUGGCAGAGUAUAAAAGAAUAAUAGAAGUGCCAAUUUCUUAUCAAGGCCCUCAUCUUUGUUUUCCUCUCACUGUCGCUGAUACCGAAGUACUUCUUCAGGCUUUCAAACAUCAACAGCAGCUACAUGCUCGAUAUGUGCUUCAGCUGUUUCAUGAGACCAGGAAAGUCCUUCAACAAAUGCCAAACAUCACUCAUGUCUCAACUUCUUAUGCCAAAGAAGUAACCAUCUGUGGUGAUUUACAUGGAAAAUUAGAUGAUCUUUUGCUGAUAUUCUACAAAAUAUGGUUUCACAAAAGAAAUUAUGAAGAAGUAUAAGAACUAUGCGAAACCAAUUUUGCAUCUUCUAGAAGAUGUCUACAGCUGGCUUCCUCUUGCUACUGUUAUUGACAAUCAAGUUCUUAUUUUACAUGGUGGAAUAUCAGAUAUGACAGAUUUGAAUUUCCUGAAUUCAUUCCACAGGAACAAGUUGAAGUCUUUGCUGAGACCAGUAAAGUCAAAUAUGGAAGCAAUCUAUGAGCCACAGAGAACAAAUCUUGUGAAAACCAGUAUCAAUGUCACAGAAAGCAAAAAAGACAAUUCUGGGCAAGACAUCUCCAAGAAAAAUGUAAGAAAGUCUACAUCAGCAUCCUGUGAGAGAAGACAAUAUGCCAAGGAAAUGGGUGAUAUCAAAAGCAAUCUUAAUAGCACCCUUGACAUAACCAGUUCUAGCUCAUUUCAGAAUGCACAGUGUCUUAAGCCUUACAACGUGACUACCACAAAUGCAUCUCCAGAAUUAACAGCAAAGGAAAGGCAACAAGUGAUGGAUAUUCUCUGGAGUGAUCCUAAGCAUCAAAAUGGUUGUUCACCAAAUAAAAUUCGAGGAGGAGGUUGUUACUUUGGUCCUGAUAUUACUGCCAGAUUGCUGCAGCGUUAUAAUUUGAAAUUGCUCAUCAGGUCUCACCAGUGCAAACAGGAAGGUUAUGAGAUCAGUCAUAAUGGAAAGGUCAUCACUAUUUUUUCCGCCUCAAACUACUAUGAAGAAGGAAGCAAUCGUGGUGCCUAUAUCAAGCUAAAUCCAGAUUUGAUUCCUCAUUUUGUUCAGUAUCAAGUCAGCAAAUCUACACGUAAGCAGACGCUUCAUCAAAGAGUGACUGCUAUUGAGCUUUCUGCUUUAAAGGGUUUGCGAGAGAAACUUUAUACCCACAAAUCAGACCUCAUUGCAGCUUUUACCCAGUAUGAUCCAAUUUGCACAGGAAGGAUUUCUCUCAGCCAAUGGGCUUCUGCCAUGGAAUCAGUUCUGCAUCUUGACAUACCCUGGAGAACUCUCCGUUCUCGACUAGUUUGCCUGGCUCCGGAUGGAAGUGUGGAAUAUCUUUCAUGUUUUAACAAUUUAGAAAUCAUACUACCCAUCAAAAAGGUUCAACCAUAUUUGGUGGAAACUCUGUAUAGAUACAAAGCUGAUUUGGAGAUUAUCUUUAAUAUGAUUGACCAAGACCAUUCUGGCCUUAUUUCUGCUGAUGAAUUCCGCCAAACAUGGAAACUCUUUAAUGCACAUGUGAAGAAUGAUGUGAGUGAUGAAUCCAUUGACAGUUUAGCUCGCACCAUGGAUUUUAAUAAAGAUGGUAGCAUUGACUUCAAUGAAUUUCUGGAGGCUUUCCAUAUGGUACAUAAAUUUAGUUAAAAUUAUCAGCUUUCUUGAAGAACCAACUAGUUGGAGAAAUCCCUUCUUUAUAUAUUUAUGUUUUAUAAAACAUGGUAAAUUUGUUAAUGAGAAAUAAAAAUAUAGACUGGUCAAGAUGACAAGGAAUAAUUUAAGUGAUUUAAAUAAUAUCAUAUUUUAAUUUUAUUAUUUUGAAUCUUCUUUAUAAACAGAUUUUAUACAAGUUACAGAUAUUUAUUGUUUUUCCUAAGUUGGUGUCUUCAAGAUUUAUUGAUUUUCAUCUUCCAUAAUUCUUAGCACAAGCAUUACUCAUACUGUUGAGAUAAUGCUUAGCAAGAGAUAUGAACCAUGGACAUCUUACCUUUGUUCUUCUCUGAUGAGUCAUAAACUGACAUAUCAUCUUCAUACAGUUCUCCCUGUGUAUUCUUAUGGCAUGUAAAAUUGAGAAAUUACAGUAUAUAUUAUAGAAUAGCUAGAACUUAUUUUAAUUACAGAAUAUUGAUGACAGGAGGCAUGAAAGAUUAGUAGUUCUACAAGUAUAAGCAUUUUUUUUUUACUAUAGCUGUUUAAUAAUUUGACAUGUAAGAAAUUACAAACAUAUAAUUUUUGCUGCAUCCAAGUAUGAACCUAUUUAAUCAUAUCUAUAGUGCCAUCAACAAUAGGAAGCCCACAGGCAAAAAGUGAUGGAAGAUAAUAGAUGAUCCUGUAUGACGGUUAAUAACCUUUUAAAUCCAUCAACUGAUCAUGUUUAUACAACAAAUUUCAUAUUUCAAUUGUAAUUGUAUAAAAUUUUCCUUUUUCUACAUUUCUUUACUGGAUAUCUCCCUCCCCACUUUUUCUAUACUAUGUACCAUAUUUUUCGGACCAUAAGAUGCACCCCCCCCCCAAAAAAAGUGGGUGGAAAUGCAUUUUAUAGAGCAAAUAUUGCAGUGGGGGAGGGGGGUUGGGGCAGUGCCAAUCAGCUUUCUAGGUGGUGGGGAUCGCCACUGCCCGUUCAUCGCCGAUCACUGUGUUAUCACCAGUGAAUGGGCGGCGGCAAUCCCCAUUAGAGGUGGUGAUGGCGACGAACAGGUGGUGAAUGGGCUGUGGUGAACUGGCCACAGUGAACCGGCCACUGAAAGGGUGGUGGCAGGGACAAAUGGGUGGGAGUGGUGGCGAAUGGGCUUGUGGUGGCGGCGGCAGCUUUUCCCCUCUCUUCUAAAGCUAAUGUGCGUGAUAUAGUCCAAAAAAUAUGGUACAUCUUAUCUCUUUUAGUAUCUUUUUUUCUGAAUUAAGAAAACAGAUGUAGACAUGGCAGCAGUUCCUCACUGAAGAGUUUCUUUAGUCCCUGCAAGAUACUGAGAUGAACUCACUAAAGAGAGAACUACACACCCCAAUUAUCCUGGCACUUUAACUAUACUCAGCAAUAGAAUCAAUGCAUUGUUCAAUUUGCCUUCCUGGAAUUACUUCCCUUAAAUAUUGUUUUUCCUUGGCUGCUUUUAUGUUUUUAAAAAUGACUGUGGUUUUCAUACAGCACAAGUAAAAUAUAUUUUGCUCUUGAACUGUUACAAUUCUUCCUGAAAGAAGUCGCUUCCAAAAAUUGGCUAAAUAAAUGAAUAAAUGAAUGAAGCUGGACCCUGCUAUAAAGAAGAGGAGUUGGAAUGGAGUGGAAGGAGAAGAGGAGAAUAAUUUCCGAAGGCAUGUGGGUGGGGGAAAGGUCACUUUUAGAUCUUCAGGGUACAAAUCCUGUGAAUACUAUAGUUACUAGGAAUGUAGGGACUAUAAGAUUUCUGCCCUAGAAACUUGGAUAAUUACUCUUCAUCUUCAUCUCUGAAGAUAGCCAAAGAGCUCAUUUUUAAAAAAUGCUAAUUUAUGUCGCCUGCAAUGGUGCAACCCCUUAUUUUUUUUUUUGGCAUUUCUCUAACCCCUUUUAAAAUAAUUUAUUUUAAAAACACCAUUUGUGGUAUGUAGGUGCUGUUAAUCCUGGAGCUGAAAUGUGUGUUGCCAUUUUUAAUUGUAGUUAUUUUUUAUGCAUAUUAUUUCCUACUUCUUUCAAUAUGCUGUAUGGGAAUUAACAGUGCUUCAAGCUUGCCACAUCUGGUAGCAAGAAGGGGGGUAGGAAAGAUAAGGGGAUUGUUAUGGCUAGGUGGCUUAAUUUCCCAUGAGAACGUGCCUGCAGAUGGUGGAAGGUGGAGUUUAGCAUCAUCGGACUGAUGGACUAUGAACUGAUUGGAGAAUGUGACUCUGGAGAGGAUAUUUCUAAUAUAUAUAUAUAGGGCGUAAUUCCGGAGGAUAGCCAGAUCCAGAAUUACACCGAGACCUUGCCAAUUUGAUGUGUUCCUAAUAAAAAGACUUUGUUGGAAUA